AUGUCGUCAAGCGAAAGACACUUCGAAAGUGCCUACAUCUCUCGACUGUUUGCUGAGCCCCUUCGAGACGCUCUGACGGCGCUUCUGCUGCACCAACCUCGAGAUCCGAUCGACUUUAUGGCCAGCUACCUUUACGAUUGGGUAAAGAAAGCCAGCCUGAAGUUGUGCACAAAUUCACACAAUCUCGUCGUCAUUGGGGACGAGUGGGAUCGUCUAGUUUCGGGAUCCCGGAUCCCGAUUGUGUGA